CGAGUAACUCAAUACGCGCCUUCGGCGACAAGAAGGGUUCGCGAUAUCGUGGAGGAAUGCACGUGUCCGACGCAAUUUCCGAUGAUUCACGUGGCCGAGGGCAAGUACCGGAUCGGCGACACCAAGGUCACGAUCUAUGUCCGGGUCCUGCGUAGUCACGUGAUGGUGCGUGUCGGUGGUGGAUAUACUCUCAGCCAUUAUUUAGAGAAACACGAUCCGUGCCGAUGCAGGAACUCGCAUCGCUCGAUGGUCUCGGCGAAGCUCAUUCAAAAGGCCAGCGGAUCCUUCGAUCUGGGCAACGCGCAGGUGCAUUACGAACGAUCAUCACCUCCAAGAACCAGGCGGAGUUCCGCGUCGAGCGUCGGUUCGGUACAAAAUCUGCAAUCGGCGCAGCUGCACGCACCACCCAGGAGCAUUUCCAGCAAUCGCUCGCGAUCGCCCACACCUCACCGGCCGACGGCCAGCAGCAAGCAGCAACAGCAUCAGCAUCAGCCACAAUCGGCCGAGGAGCUGAAGAAGCGCUCGAGGAGUCCCACGCCGCACAGGAAACUGCUGGCGAGUCCGAAUCAGACCGAUUUGGCGAAACAGAGAUCGAGGUCGCCGACACCUAGGGCGAACCUGAGAUCGAGGAGUCCGACGCCGCGGAAAAAUACAGAUUCGUCCAGGAGGAACGUCAACGAGGAGGCGCGAUCGCCAACCUGUCACGGGAAACUUCCGGAAAACGGCCGAGAGAGCGGCCUUAAAGUGCCGGGCGAGUUUACGAAACGAUACAUCGUGGAGGGUGGCGUGGCGCGUCGCGCCGUCGAGAGGGAUGACACGCCGAAGUACGAGCCGUCCAUCUACAACUACAAGUGCAGCGAGGACUCGAGUGGCAGUCGAAGCCCCACGCCGAGCAAGGAGGAACAGCCGCCCAUCGAGACUUUCGGCAAGGACACCCAGGCGAACACCCAGAAGUCGCCGCACGGAGACGGAGAGCACUCGGACAACUGCAGCGAGGUCUCCGACGAGGGUUACCGAAGCCUCGGUGCCGUCCAAUCGUCCACCGCCAACGGGAAUUCCGCCAGUACGCAGAGCUCGCCCACGGUUGCCGAGUGUCAAAAGCAACCGCCAAAAACUGAGCCUGAGGAAAGAUCUGGCGUGGAGACCGACAGCAUCGAGACCGGGCUGCGCAAGGUGAUUCGAAAGGACAGACUGGCGAGUCCUUUACGAGUCUCGUCUCCGUCCAGGAGCACGGCGUCCUCGUCGACGGACGACAGGACCCCACGAGCCGGUUCCGUCGCGCGAGAGAACAGCAACCUAUCCAAGACCUCGUCCGGGAGCAAGACGCCCAAGGACAGCAAUUCCAGCCCGGAGGGUAGUCCGCUGAACCGAGGCGGCUCGAUGCGCAACCGGGGUAACGGAACGGUUCGCAAGUCAACGCCGAGCGGAAGUCUCAGCAAAGCGCUGUCACCGAUACCGAUUCCCAGUUUCACGAAGACGACGUCCGUCGGCGGUAGCGCCACGUGGAACGGCCGUCAGACCAGGCGGCGCAGCAUUCAGACGGACACCUUCUUGGAUCCGAGCUCGACGCCGGCCACGUGCGCCACGACGCCGAGUUUCUCGCGGAAGAGCCCGGGCAGGCAGAGUCUGCAGUCGCGGCCGAGCCUGAACGGAGUUCAGUACGAUAGGAACGGCAGGAGGAUCAGAGCGUCCGCUACGGGAACCGCGUCUCUCCAGUCGUCGCCUACGAAGGUGACGAAUCCGUUGCUCGAUCAGAUACUGCAGAAACUGGGCGACUUGAAGGACGAGCGGCAGAUGGUGCAGAAGCUGCAGGGCCUUCUGAGGGAUUAUCAGGCUACCUCGACCGACCGUGCCGCGAAUAUGGACUUCGCCAAAAUGUGGGUGGACAGUAACGGGACGAUGACUGUGCCUCAGGAUGUUCAGGUAUCGGUUUCUCCCCGAAAAGAUCCCAAACCUCAGGAAGGUUGCUCGAGGAUACCGGUGCCUCGUACCGUAUCCUAUAAAAGACCGAUGUCCGUGGCAUCGGAUAGCGUUUGAGAGUGGUAUAUCGGGUAGCCUUCUUGCGUUAGGCUAAGUUAGGCUCUUCGACUCACCGCUGACAUUAGCGAGAGCAACCAUUCGCGUCUCUUGCUGCGCUUGAUUCUUCAUUCGAUUUAAUAGAUGAGUCGGACGUCUUAAUAACGGAGGGGCAUAUAUAUAUUUUAUAGUUGACUUUUAAAAAUGUGUUUUAUAAUUGACUCGGAAAGAUAGUACGUAAAGGGAGAUUCAGAGAUCUGUAGUUUGAAAAGUUUACCAAUUUUUAGAAGUGCAGGAAAAGAAAAAUCGAGAGAGUCCAUGAUAAGAUUGAAUUACUCUAUACUAAAAAGAUUAUUUGUGUGAUAUCAAAUUUUUACUUUUAGCGAGUGAAAAGUAUCGUAAAUAGUGGAUUGGUCUAAUUUAUUUAAAUUUUUUUAGACUAUUUUAGAUAUUUUUUUAACAUCGAAAGACGAUGCUCUUUAAGAGAUGCUCUCUACUAAAUAUUCAGAAAUUCACAAAAUUACAAUUUUGUAAUUUUUUUAAUUAUGUAAGCUUGAAGUUUCAAAGUGCUUGAUAUUUUUUUAUCUCAAGAUUUAAAAUCAAAGUCAACUAACUUCAGAUGCAUUUUGAGAUUAAAAAACACAUUUACAAGUUUUAAUAUUUAAAACUUCAAAAACUUUAA